CUUCCCCUUUGUCCGAGGCCUUCUUUGCAACACGGGGGCGAACUGCAGGAACCGAAGCUACGCAGAGUCCACAGGGCACCAUUUCCGUUAUUCCGCAUUCCAAGACUCAGCCGACCAUCACAAGGCGAUCGAUGACCUGGCCUUCUUACAAGACAUGCAGGACCUGGCCACUGAAAUUUGUGAAGUGAUGGACAAGGCCACCAACUUAAAAAAGCUUUGGGUGGAAGGAUCCAAGACUCCAGGUUCUCCUCGCGGUUUCAGUUUUUUAACAAUGGAUCUCAAUAAGACAGAGGAGGUGAUAUUGAAAUUGGAAAGCCUUCACCAACAGCCCCAAAUCUGGGAUUUUCUACUUUUGCUGCCCAGACUGUUCGCAAACAUGAUCCACGCUGACCACGGCCUCGGUGAUGGGGUGCAACUUCUCCAGGCAGUCCUGAAGGUCUUAAAUUCCACCAAGGAGCUUCUAAAGAUGGAGAAGUUUCAUAUACUUGAAGAUGAGCAAAUGAACUUUCUCUUGUCAUUUGUGGAAUUUUUGGAAAAAUUGUUAUUGCCCAAUUCUUUCAACUCACCCAGUGGGCCCACUGAGACCAUUCUAAAUACAAGUCAUGUGUGGGUAAAUCAUUUAAAGGGUUUAGAAAGAGAGCCAUCUGGUACUGACACUCAGAAACUUUGGGAAUUUGGCAAAGAGAUGAUUGAAAAAAUAAAAACUCUCGAAAAGGAAUCAAGCUAUAUUUUUAGACUUAUAGAAACAAUACUUUUUGAAAUUAAUCCCAAACUACUGGAAUCGUGGAUGUACGGCAUUCCAAAAGGAGACAGAGCUAAGUUGGAAACUUUGUCUACACUUUUAAAUUUUUCCGUUCUAGGAAAUGAGAGGAUUCUGAGUAAAAGCUUUAACUUUUCUCAGUUGUUCCAUUUGGAUUGGCCUAAAUCAUCAGCUGUGAAAAUGGAUUUUGUUUAUCUAAGUGAAACUAUACUAAGGAGUCUUAAUGAGUUUGGAUUUCUGGGGCCAGAACAAGUCUCAGAAGCUCUGGGCACGGUGUAUGCUGUCAGGAACGCAUCUGACCACUUCUCAGCCCUUUCUGAACCCCAAAAACAAGAAGUAGAUAAAAUAUUGACUCAUUUAUAUCUAAAUGUCCUUAAGGACAAAGAUACAACUUUUCUUUUGCAGAUGUAUUCUUCAUUUUACCAAUAUAUUUAUAAAUUCCCGGGCAUUCAGAGUAGAGAGUCUUUGCUGUCUCCGCUUACACAAACCUCAAAACCCAUUUUGGAUAUCAUAAAACAAUUUAAUUUUCAAAACAUCAGUAGAGCAUUUACAUUUUUAUAUGAGACAACAGAAUUUCUUGGAGGGAUUUCUGAGUUAUCUUACUGUCAACAGUUGCUUUCUGUUUUUAACUUUCUGGAGCUUCAAGCCCACUUCCUGGUGUCUACAGAGGGCCCAGUGUGGGAAGCGACCCAUACGACCUUGAUAGGCCUCAAGCAGCUGUUCAUGGAAGACGAAGAUUUUCGUGUUUCUUUAUUUCAGUAUAUGAAUCAGCUCUUGGAGGGUUCAGCGGAAACCUUGCUGGGUAGCGAAUGCUUUGCUCGGGAUAACAAAAGCACUCCUGCUAUGAAUCAUUCAUCAGAUGGGGAGUCUCCCUUGACUCUCCCAUGGGUACAGGUUCUUUCAAACUUCUCCACACAUGAUGGCGUGUUCAGUGAGGUGAAGGCUCUGCACUGCUUCGUCUCAUGGCUGCAGAUGUGGGCUGAGAUCUGGGCAAGCACGGCUCAGGUGCUACAGUGGGACACAAAUGUCUUCACUCCCCUCCAUGUUGGCCUCUCUCAGUUUUUGGAUGAACUGGAAAGUGACGUGAAAAUUUCUGAAAGCUGUUGGGGGCAAUUUCCUACCCAACACCCUGUGAGACUCAUGUUACAGCUACUUAAAAAUCUACCUCUGGGGGGUGGCUUCGGUGACCGGGAUGGGUUUCUCACUCCCAGGCGUCCCUGGGCAGCGCUUCGUGGUGCACUAGUCAGAGUCAAGUCGCUACCCCUGGACCAAGUUGAGCGAUCCCUCUUCACUGUGGAAACUGUCCUGCGUCAGCUGGAGGCAUUUCUGUUGAACACAAGUGGUACCAGGGAGUUUUUCUCUUCCCUGCUUGGUGUCUUCAUGGAGUUAAGCAACACCUCGGAACCUAGAGAUAGACACGUACACUUGAUAGAUCACUUUCUUUCAACUAACCUUACAGAUUAUGAAGUACACCUUGAAAUUAUCAUUACUGAUCUUAGAGAAACAAUAUUAUUUCUUAGAAAUGUGUCACAUGACCAAGAUUUAUUGUCCUGUGCUGAUAUUUUCCAAAAUCUUACUGAGUUUAUUUUGGGAGAUGGCUUGUUACAUGUAAAUACUUCACAAAGGACAUUGCAUAUCUUGGCCCUGUUAAAUUCCUCCUUUUACUCUGAGGACACCCUUAACAGUCUGAAAGGAUGCAUCAAAUGGGUGGAUAGCACAAACCAUCUCCAUGGGACAGCUAACCCCAGUGCUUCACAAGACCACCUUCAGGCUGUUCUGAGGAGUUUCAGAGACAUGGAAAAUAAAAUUAACUUGACAUUGAUGCUCAUUACUUGGAUGUUGAAUACAGUGGAACCUGGCUGUUCAUUGAAUACGUCAAAUAUAAGUUGUGUGAACAUGUACUUUAAAAACAUAACUGAAUUUCUACAUGUUAUUCUUACUGCAGUCUUUGAAAAAGAAAAGGUACCAAAAUUUGAGAUGUUAUUAACUCUUUUAAAUGAUUCCACAAACCAAGUAAGGAUGAUUAUCAGCAACUUAACCAGAGACUUUGAGCUUGCAUCUCCACCCACCUGGAAACGUUUUACUGAGUUAAUUCUACGACCCAUAGAAAUGUCAGAUGAAAUUCCUAGCCAAUUUAAAAAUAUUUGGCUGCAUUUAGUAGCUCUGGGGAAAGAAAUCCAAGAACUUGUGAGAGAUAUUUUUCCUAGCAUUCUGGAAAAUAACCUUUCUUCUAAAGCUGAAAUGUUUUUAAGUAUAUUUACUACCAGUCCAAAGGAAAAGGAUAUAAGUCAUCUAGGCCAUUCACUUUUUCAUUUAGCUAGUUACCUUGCCUUCAACUUAUCACAUGAUCUCCAAAAUUCGCCCAAAAUAAUUCCACAUGAAAUAAUGAAAGCUGUGGGUCUUGGUAUUCAGUUGAUUAGGGAUAUAUUCAACUCCUUGAUGCCCUCCAUCCCUCACAAUAUUCCAGAAGAUCCAGUUAGUCAUAAAGUUUUAAAGAAGGUAAGUUCUCUUCUGCUUGCCCUGAAGAAAACAGACAUAGACCUUCUGGUAGACCAACUUGAACAAGUUGGGGAAAGCCUAAUGGAUUUUUUAAAGAAUAUCAGUAGACCAGGUACUGAUAACUUGGGGGUCAACUUGCUCGUUGGCUUGAUGGAAAAGUUGGUAGACAGCUCCCAUGCUUGGAACGUCAAUCACCUGCUGAGGCUGUCCCGCCUGUUUCCUCGAGAGGAUGUGAAUGUCGUGGUGGGCCUGUACUAUGCCCUUCCUCACGCUGCCAGGCUCCUGCGAGGAGUCCUGGGUCACAACAUCACAGAGAUUCUCCAGGACGUCUACAACUUCACGGUCCUUCAUGGCACAAGCAUUUCUAAUGUCACCAAGGAAGACUUCACUGAUGUGAUAAAAACUCUUCUGGACACCAUUGCACUAGUAUCAGAUAAACCAACCAUCCUUGCAGAGGUUUUAACUUGCCUUCCUGUGGUUUGGUGCUGGAAUCACACAACUUCUGGAUUUCAACAGAAUUCAAAGUUAGAAGCCUGUCAUGGCCACUUCUAUAGCAAAGUGGCCAGUAUUCUUGACAGCCUCCACCUUUCUCCCCCAGAUGACAUUUCACAGUGUUCAAAUGAAAGCGCACGGACAGAAGUAACUGGGAAAAUAGCCUGCGCAAUUCAUGGAUUAUUGGACUGGACCUCCAUCCUCCUGGAGUUGUCUGAAGUCUUCCAUGUCAAAACUCACAUGUUAAGACAUGUGAGAACUGUACAGGGAGUUUGGCAAAAGGUGUUACUGUUUGUCCCAUCUUCUGGAAAUCAGAGCAAUGGCAGCAUCUCUGGACUCUGUCCUAGUGGCCCUAUAAAGCAGGUUGCUUUACAAAUCAUAGAAACACUUAAAAAUGUCAAUUUUACAAAAGUUACACCAGAUGGAAACAUUCUCGAUAAACUAGCUACUUUAAACAAGAUCCUUAACAAUGAAGGCACAGAGGCAUCUCUUAGAAAUAUUUCCUUUUAUUUGGAAAGGCUGAUAAAAUUGAUUUCUGGUGACCAGAGCCUAGGAAAUAAUACUCACUCUCUAGACUCUCUAUUCAUGACCUUUCUGAAUGCAAACCUUAUAGGAAGGAAUUUGAAAGCACUAUCAAGUUUUCUUAAAAAACGUGAAGCAGCUUACAAUUUUAAAGAUCUGUGGCUUAAGUCUGAACAAACCAUGAAAGAUCUAAACCGUGAGUUAAAUAGCAGCCUGUUCCCUGAAAUUAACAAAGAAAUUCAAACAAUUAAUUCAGUGGCUCUUUUAAAUAUAACUUUGCAACUUGCCCAUUUUUUGGAAAACCCAAAUUCAUCACAAGCAUUAGAGAUAACUGAGGAUUUUCCAUCAGUCAUGAAAAACUGGCUUCAUAAAUAUGCAAAUGAAGAAUACUUCAGAAUGAUACAAACAUUAUUUCUUGUUACAGCCAAUGGGAGUUCACCUGAUGACACAGCUUUGUUGACUGCAGGUAUUAUUACCUUUCUGGGUUAUCUCAGGAACAUUUCUAGAGAAGGUAAUUUUAAUGUUGGCCUUCUUACUCAGCUGGUAGGCCAAGAGCAGCCAUCUAAUGUCUCAGUUGUUCGGUUGCUUUUAGAAAGCUUCCUGAUUAAUUCAGUCAGUAACUUAGCUGCGAAUUCUCCAGAAGCCACUUGGAGUUUAAGUGACAGUGACCUUCACAUCAUGGAUCUCUUGAACCUCACCUUGACCCUAACAAAGUCAGGAAAGGGUGAGAGGGUAACUCUGCCUCCAGGAAGCACAGUGGAGUUCAUGGAACAGCUUCGGGAAGCAUUCGUCCCCCUUUCGGGAAAGGAAAACCCUGAGAACAAAGUGUCUCUCCUGCUGAGGGGCUUCCGCGGGGUCACCGCUGUGGAGGUGAGUGCUGCUGGACUGUGUGAGGACUCCCAGCCACCCACGCAGCCCCCAGCAGCCACGGCGACUCUGCGGAGAGUAAAGAUGCUGGUUCUGCGUGCGCUCCUCACACUGGCAGAGCACCGGUCCGUGGCCGAGGACCUGCUGUGCGCCGCCCUGAUGCGCAGGCCAGGCUGGCUGCCGCGGCUGGUUGCAGCUGCUCUGCAAGCAGCCACUGUGCUGCGUGACCUCUACCAGGAGCUGAGGGAGACGUGGUCCUCGCCCCGUGUGCUCAGCUGCGAAGGUCUCGGCAGGAACCUCUCCCUUGCCGUGGAGCACCUCAGGAGCAGCUUGCUGCACACCAGCGCCCAGGGCUGUGCCUGUGCUUCUGCGCUGGACUGGGCCCCGCAGCAUCUGUUCAAGUUGGCCCAAAGACUUGAAGAGACUUUGUUUUCCGGGACUUCUAUUAUGGCGUUUCUUAGCAAUUUCACGGUAAUUGCGGACAUGAAAGUGAGAGAUUUGAUGAGGAACAUCACCGAGGUAACUGAGGCACUUCGAUCCAUCCACAUCUCAGAUGAAACAAUCAGCAGUAUUUUGGAAGCAAACAUUUCCCGCUCACAGGUCCUGUCGGGCGCCCUGGAGGUGGCUCUUUCUGGGAGGUGUGACGAGGACACCCUGCGUCUCCUGCUGGCCUUCCCGGAGGGUGAGCAGUCCACACUGGCCGUGAAGGAGCUGUGUGGCCUGUCCGGGGCUGCUGUCUACUCCCUGCUGGUGUCCAUGGGCCAGCACCUGGACCUCCGUGGCUUCAUUUACAAGAUGCUGAUACCGGCGGAGGCCAACCGCAUGCUCCGCUCCCUGUUGGACGUCGUCUCCAGGCUCAGCCACCUGCUCCCCAGAGCCAGCCACGUCCUGGAACACCUCCCCGAGUUCCUUCACUCGUCAAAAAUCACAGCCUUGCUGGAUGUGUCUGACUUCCAACAGGUGCCACUCAGUGACCAGGCCAGGAGCUCUGCCUUCGGCUCCUUCCAGGCGGUGAUGAAGAUGGUUUGCAAGGAGGAAGCAUCUUUCCUUAGCAGCUCGCACUUGUUUUUGCACUUGCCCAGAGUUAACGAACUCCUGGGAGAUGACAAGGAAAAGUUCAACAUUCCUAAAGACUCAACCCCGUUCUGCCUGAAGCUUUAUCAGGAAAUCCUGCAGUCUCCAGACGGUGCCCUGGUGUGGUCCUUCCUGAAACCCAUAUUACACGGACAAAUCCUAUACACCCCGAAUACCCCGGAGAUCAGCAAGGUCAUUCGGAAGGCUAAUUACACUUUCCUGUUUGUGGACAAGCUACGGACUUUGUCAGAAACGUUGCUGAAGGCAUCUGGCAUUUUUCAGAGUGGUGGAAAUGGCCAGUUGCUCGGCCAGCUGCAGGAGGCCCUGAGGAACAGAUUCGUGAGGAGCUUCGUGGGCACCCAGUUACACAUCGACGUAGACCAGCUGACGGAAAGGCUCCAGACAUAUGGAGGGAUCCUGGGCAGGAUGCUGAGCCGAGUGGGCACCACCCGCAUCCUUGCCCUGGGCCGCGUCCUGGUCAACCUGUCCUCCUGCGUGGUGCUGAACCGCUUCCGGGGGCUGGAGUCCGUCACCGUCCUGGAGGCUGCGGCUCAGGAGCUCAGGCAGGAGAACAGUUUCUUGGCCAGUGUCAUCUUCAACACGUCCUCGGUCGGCAGCAGCUCUGGGGCAGACCCUCCCCGGCUGCCGCCCCACAUCACCUACACCAUCCGGACCAGCGUCCUGUACAGCAUGAGGACCGACUUGGUAAAAAACCCGUUCUGGAAGUUCCACCCUCAGAGCCUGCCGGCCGAUGGGUUCAAGUACAACUAUGUCUUCGCCCCGCUGCAAGACAUGAUCGAGAGAGCCAUCAUCCUGGAGCAGACCGGUCAGAAGGCCGCGGGCCCGGCCGUGCAGGCGCAGGCGAUCCCCUACCCCUGCCACAGCAGUGACCUGUUCCUGAACAACGUGGGUUUCUUCUUCCCUCUGAUCAUGAUGCUGGCAUGGAUGGUGUCUGUGGCCAGCAUGGUCCGACAGCUGGUGUAUGAGCGGGAGAUCCAGUUAGAGGGGUACCUGAGCAUGAUGGGGGUGCACCCCGGCACCCACUUCCUGGCCUGGUUCCUGGAGAAUGCGGCGGUGGUGGCCGUCAGCAGUGCCAUCCUGGCGGUCGUCCUGAAGACCAGCGGCAUCUUCGCAUACAGCGAUGCCUUCGUGGUCUUCCUCUUCCUCCUGGACUUUGGGGUGUCGGUCAUCAUGCUGAGUUACUUGCUGAGCGCACUCUUCCACCGGGCGAGCAUGGCUGCCCUCUGCAGCAGCCUGCUGUACGUGACCAGCUUCCUGCCCUACGUCGUCCUGCUGGUGCUGAGAGGCCGGCUGGGUGCUGCGGCUCAGACGUGUCUGUGCCUCUUCUCCACCACCGCCUUCGGGCAGGGAGUGUUUCUCAUCACGUUCCUGGAAGGGCAGGAGGCAGGGGUCCAGUGGGGCAACGUGGACCAGUCCCUGGAGCCAGUGGGCAUGACGUUCGGUGGGGUGUGCUGGGUGAUUCUGCUCGACUCGGGCCUCUACCUUCUCUGUGGAUGGUACCUGAGCAACCUGAUUCCUGGAACCUUCGGUGUCAGGAAGCCAUGGUACUUCCCCUUCACUGUGUCGCACUGGAGGAGCGUGUGUGGCGCGGUGGUCCAGGCGCGGCGUGGUCUGUGUUCCAGCUGGCGCCUCCCCCGUGAGGACCCCGAUCCUGCAGGCUCACCCCCUCCACCUGGGAAGGAGACGCGGGAGGAAGGCGCCCUGGGCGUCACCCUGGUGUCGGUGACCAAGGAGUACCAGCCCCACCAGGCGGCCGUGCAAGACCUGACCCUCACCUUCCACAGAGAGCAGAUCACCGCCCUGCUGGGGACCAACAGUGCUGGGAAGACCACUGUGCUGUCCAUGCUGACGGGACUGCAGGCUCCCACUUCUGGAACCAUCCUUGUCGACGGCAGGGACCUGCGGACAGGCUUGUCUGAGGUCAGAAAGGAGCUAGGGGUGUGUCCUCAGAGGGACGUCCUGCUCGACCGUCUCACCGUCCGGGAGCACCUGCUGCUCUUCGCUGCUGUCAAGUCGCCGCAGUGGACUGUGGCGGAGAGGCGGCGGCACGUUGACACAACUCUGCGGGACGUGGGCUUGGCGCAGCACCAGCACCAGCAGGCCCGCGCCCUCUCGGGGGGCAUGAAGAGGAAGCUGUCCAUCGGUGCCGCUGUCCUCGGCGGGUCGAGGACCGUGAUUCUGGACGAGCCCACCAGCGGGGUGGACCCUUGCUCCCGACGCAGCAUCUGGGACAUCCUCCUCAAGUACCGAGAAGGCCGGACGAUCGUCUUCACGACCCACCACCUGGACGAGGCGGAAGCGCUCAGUGACUGCGUGGCCCUGCUGCAGCAGGGCCGGCUGCGGGGCUGCGGGCCCCCCCUCUGCCUGGCGCAGGCCUGCAACCCUGGCCUGCGCCUGACGCUCACAAGACAGCCUUCCAUUCCGGAGGUGGACGACCCAAAGCACACCGCGCAGGCCACGUCCCUGGUGCAGAGCUAUGUCCCGCAGGCGCACCUCCGAGACAGCUGUGGGCGCGAGCUGAGCUAUGCCAUCCCCCAGGAUGCCGACCGUGCCAGCCUCAAGGGGCUCUUCCAGGCCCUGGAGCAGAACCAGCGUUGCCUGCACCUCACUGGCUAUGGGCUCUCGGACCCCACGCUGGAAGAGGUGUUUCUGGCACUUUUGCAAGAUUCCAGAAAGCAAGCUGACGCUGCUGCAGGGGCAGAGUCAAAGUCGCAGAGCCUCGGGCCUCCGGAGCCAGACCCUGGCUGCUACGACGGUGCCCCUGCCAGCACCCUCGCCCAGGCGGCCGCGCUGCUGACCCAGCGGCUGUGCCAUGCGCGCCGGGCCUGGAGUGUCACACUCUCGGACCUGCUGCUGCCUGUGCUCUUCGUGGCCUUGGCCAUGGGCUUGUUCAUGGUGCGGCCUCUGGCUGUCGACUACCCGCCCCUCAAACUGAGCCCUGGCCAUUACGAAAAAGCUGAAACAUACUUUUUCAGCAGCAGCGGGAGUGACGACACGGAGCUGACCCAGGUGCUGCUGCGGACGUUCGGGGACGAGGGGCUGCUCUGCGCCAGCGGAGACCCAGACCCGAAGAACCCUUCCUGUUGGCGCUCGGACCCGCUGUUCCGCCCAGAUGCCCAGGCUUCCUGUGGCUGCCUGACCUGCCCAAACGCCAGCGCCAGUGCUCCCUCCCUGACCAGCCGCCUGGGCCACACGCUGCUGAACCUCUCAGCCUCCCACCUGGAGGAGCUCCUGCUGCUGCCCAGCAACCAGCCCCGGCUCGGGGGCUGGUCCUUUGGCGUGCAAGCCCCAGGUGCCGGUCCAGAGGCCCGUUCGGCGGCCGCCACACCGAGAAGCCUGGCCAAGGUGUGGUACAACCAGAAGGGCUUCCAUGCCCUGCCCUCCUACCUGAACCAUCUCAACAACCUGCUCCUGUGGGGGCUCCUGCCCCCCGCCCAGGACUGGAGACACUAUGGAAUAACGCUCUACAGUCACCCAUACGGAGGGGCCCUGCUCAAUGAGGACAGGAUCCUGGAGAGCGUCCGCCAGUGUGGCGUGGCCCUCUGCAUUGCGCUGGGCUUCUCCAUCCUGACCGCCUCGAGGGGGAGCGCCGUGGUCAGGGACCGGGUGACCGGAGCCAAGAGGCUGCAGCACAUCAGUGGCCUGGGCCAUGGAACCUACUGGUUUACCAACUUCCUGUACGACAUGCUCCUCUAUGCGGCGUCCGUCUGCCUGUGUGUCACUGUCAUCCUGGCCUUCGGGCUGCCAGCCUUCACCUUCCGCCAGAACCUGGCCGCCACUGCCCUCCUGCUGCUGCUGUUCGGGUAUGCCACCCUCCCGUGGAUGUACCUGGUAUCCAGGGUCUUCCCCAGCGCGGACGUGGCCUUCAUCUCCUACGUCUCAUUGAACUUCGUCUUUGGCCUCUGCACCCUGCUGAUGACCACCAUGCCACAGCUGCUGGCCAUCGUCUCCAGGGCCCAGAACUUACAGGACAUCUCCGACGUGCUCAGGUGGGCCUUCACGCUGUUCCCGCAGUUCUGCCUGGGCCAGGGGCUGGUGGAGCUCUGCUACAACCAGAUCAAGUACGACCUGGCACGCGACCUUGGCGUCGACUCCUACUCCAGCCCCUUCUCAAUGAGCUUCCUGGGCUGGAUCUUCGUGCAGCUGGCCUGCCAGGGCUCCGUCCUGCUGCUGCUGAGGCUGCUGCUGCAUGGGGACCUCCUGCAGUGGUCCAGGAGCCGCGUUGCCAGCAUCCAAGGCACGGUUACAUCAUGUGAGGACGUGGACGUGGAGAAGGAGCAGGCACGGGUGUUGAAAGGCAGGACCGGUGGGGACCUGCUGGUGCUGUACAACCUCAGCAAGAGCUACCGGGGCCUCUCCGGGCAGCGCGCGGCCGUGCACGACGUGAGCCUGGGCCUGCGGCGGGGAGAGUGCUUCGGGCUCCUGGGGGUGAACGGAGCCGGGAAGACCACCACCUUCAAAAUGCUGAGUGGGGACAUCACCCCGACUGCAGGACACGCUGUCAUCAGGACGCCUGUCGGGGAGGACGCGGCUCUGUUUUCGGCCCAGGUGGCGGGCCUCCGCAUCGGCUACUGUCCACAGCAGGAUGCCCUGGACGAGCACUUGACCGGCUGGGAGCACCUGCGCUACUACGGCCGCCUGCGCGGGCUCCCGAUGUCACAUGUCCAGGAGGUGGCUGGGGACCUGGUACGGCGCUUAGGCCUGGAAGCCCACGUGGACCAGCCCGUGGCCACCUACAGUGGGGGCACCAAGCGGAAGCUGUCGACGGCCCUGGCCCUGCUGGGGAGGCCUGACCUCCUGCUGCUGGACGAGCCCAGCUCGGGGAUGGACCCCUGCUCGAAGCGGCUCCUGUGGGAAGCGGUGAGGAAGGAGGUUCUGCAGGGCUGUGCGGUGGUGCUGACCUCACACAGCAUGGAGGAGUGCGAGGCGCUGUGCACGAGACUCGCCAUCAUGGUGGACGGCCGCUUCCGGUGCCUCGGGUCCCCCCAGCACCUCAAACACAGGUUCGGGGACGGGUAUGCGGUCAGAGUGUGGGUCUGCCAGAAGGGCGGCCCACACGCCGCCAUCUCUGCCUGCCUGCAGCGCCACUUCCCGGGAGCCCAGUUCAAGGGGCGGCGCCUGAACCUACUGGAGUACCACGUGCCGAAGACACGGGCCGGCCCGGCCGGCCUGCUCAGGGUGCUGGAGAGCAGCAAGGCCGCGCUGAGCAUCGAGCGCUACUCCAUCAGCCAGACCUCGCUGGAGCAGGUAUUUAUCAAUUUUGCUACCGAGCAGCAGCCGACCCCACCAGCCACUCCCGAUCCCUCUGCCGACAGCCGCCAGCCCCAGCCCCUGCCUGUGUGAGUCCUGGGGGUGAUGCAUCGGAGGGACCCCUGGUCUUCGUCUCGAGGGGCCCUUCUGGAGAAGCCAGCUCGGAGCGGAGGGCAGGCGCUUCCCGUGGUCAAAUCUCACUCUCCUCUUCCUCCCCCACUUUGAAACUCUGUUAAUUCAUAACUAAUAGUCGGAACAGUCUUUGCACCCUGCAGACACUGGGGGUCCUCCGGCACAGCUCUGUGGCCCUUGGCUGAGCCCUGGUGGGUCUGGCCUCCCUGUGACCGGGUGUGAGUGGGUUCGGGGUCUGACUCCGACUGCUCAGAGAUGGACAUCGUCCAAUUCCAACGUUUGCCUUCACUUUUAAGGAACCCGAGGCCCCCAAGGUCGCACCUUCCCUAAUGUUAUCGCAGGAAACAGCACCCGGGACUUUGUGUUACUUCUGUCAUGUUUAUACGAGACUUGCUCACCAGGGUCGAAGUAAAAAUUGAGUGGCUUGAAUGCAAACUGGUCCUUACACUGGAUGACAUUAUGAGAUACGACAUGAAAAAAGUUGCCAUUUUUUUCUUCUAAAAGAUGCUUUUAAAAAAAAGUAGGACUUAGAGACCUUUUUAGUCAACGCUUCAGCAAAAUUAAAUAAAUUGUACUUGGUACUCUAGCAUUUAUAAAAGUUUUACCAGAAUUUCACAGAUUAUAAUUUUAGGGGAGGAUAAAUAAAUAUGAUGUGAAUGUAUUUUCUUUUCUUAAUUUGCAUUAAUAAUCACCUUUU